AAUAGAUCUUCGAUCUCCCAGCUUGACAAUACCACCCGCUGAAAUCCCCCCCUUCACUACCACUACCGCUACAUACCACCACCGCCAUGUCGACCCCCGCCAAAGCCACCAACACCUCCCAGCCGCAAGCCGUCCAGAUGUCGGUGAUGGGCACCCCGUCGCAGGCUGAGAACGGCACCGCGGGCAAGCACGGGCAGCACUGCGAGCACAAGUCUUCGCGCAUGCGGGGCGCUGGUGCCGGAAAGGACUGCCUGAUGGGCGCGCUCGGCUGCUUCCUCUGCUUCGAGUGCUGUGAGGUGUGUUGCAAGCGGCCUCGUGGACUCCGUCCGUGCUCGGCGCUGUUGAUACUGACGCAACGUGUUAGGGCUGCUGCGAGUGCUUUGCCGAUAUUAUCUGCUGCCCCUGCGAGAUGUGCUGCUAGAGUGUUGCUACGACCGUCUUAUCCUCGAACCUGUGCCUCGUGUACCCCGUCCGACCUCGUUAAUGUACCGAGAUGGACACCUACGUCGGCUCCUGUAGUCCUGCUGCAACCUGUUCCAUCGAGUCCGUUGACUGUAUUGGCUUUGGUCAUAUUGAUUGCGCUGGUCCAAGGCUAUUUUAAGAACGUAUCUGCGUGCGACCGACGCCCCAGCUAUGAACAUGCUCAUGACAUCAUGCACGCUGAUCCCUCCUCGAGCCUAUAAAUGUCUCGUUCCCUCCAGAUCCCUGCACCUCUCCACCUAUCUUCCUGCACUCCCACCAUGUCUGCUCCCGCGAAAACCACCACCAACGCGCAACCACAGGCGACCGAAAUGAGUACGUUCUGAGCACUGAGCCGAGCGACUGUCGGCUGUGUGUCAAUCCGCCUUAUCAGGCGUCCUCCCGAAGACCCCAGCCCAGGCUGAGCAUGGUGCUUGCCAACACCACGAACGCAACACUUGGCGCAUGCGGGGUGCCGGUGCGGGCAAGGUCUGUCUUUCUUGAUCACACAUGGCCCGCUCGCCUCGCAGAGUCUGACCUGCGGUGACUCCCCCCACCAGGACUGCUUCCUCGGGGCACUCGCCUGUUUCUUCUGCUGCGGUACGUCCCGGCUCCGAGCCCUUUCACACUCGAUCCGCGAGGGGACGCUGACGGACUUCGCACUUGUGCAGAGGGAUGCGAGGUGCGUCGAGCUCCGAUACGCCGCCGCCGGUGGAGCGCUGAUCUCAUGGGCCCCCGUAGGACUGCUGCGAGUGUGUCGCCGACAUCGUCUGUGCGUACCACCCAUCCUGCUUACCUGCUUGAUCCACGGGUCGUCGGCUGAACGCACUUCCCACCAGGCUGCCCGUGCGAAAUGUGCUGUUAGAAUGCUUGGUGCUGUAACAACUUGUGCCCGCGUGUACCAUAGGAUCCAAAAAGAACUUGUAGUAGUAAAAUAUGACAGAUGGUCGAGACUGCACUCGUAUAGUGCUGUAUGGACGUUAACUUUGCCUUGGAAGUCCUGUGCAGCGAGAUCAUGAAAGCCUCGACGGAUGACAACGUCGUGGUGAUUGGGUAAGUGCAAGGUGACAAGGCGGACAAAG